AUGAGAUGUCCGCAGACUGAUACAAUUUCGUCUUGGAGAGUAAUAGUAGUUGCUGAAAAAACUCUCACGCAACUUAAACUUUCUCUUAACCAAAUAUCUGAUCGAGAAGCCGAAUCACUGGCUGAAGCCUUGAAAGUGAACGAAGCUCUUACUCAACUUAUUCUUCAAAGUAACGAAAUAUCUGAAAUACGAGGGCAAUCACAGGCUGAAGCACUGAAAGUGAACAAAGCGCUGAUUCAACUUAAUCUUGGACAUAACCGAAUAUCUGAUACAGAAUGCGAAGCAUUGGUUGAAGCGCUGAAAGUGAACGAAACUCUUAUUCAACUUAUUCUUCGAAGUAACGAAAUAUCUGAUAUAGGAAGCGAAGCACUGGCUGAAGCAUUGAAAGUGAACGAAGCUCUUACUCAACUUAUUCUUCAAAGUAACGAAAUAUCUGAAAUACGAGGGCAAUCACUGGCUGAAGCACUGAAAGUGAACAAAGCACUGAUUCAACUUAAUCUUGGACAUAACCGAAUAUCUGAUACAGAAUGCGAAGCAUUGGUUGAAGCGCUGAAAGUGAACGAAACUCUUAUUCAACUUAUUCUUCGAAGUAACGAAAUAUCUGAUAUAGGAAGCGAAGCACUGGCUGAAGCAUUGAAAGUGAACAAAACUCUUACUCAACUUGAGCUUCGAAAUAACGAAAUAUCUAAUCGAGGAGCCGAAGGGAACAUUCAAGUUCGAUUAUCUAACACACAACUUGAUGAAUAUGGUACAACAGCUACAAUACAACAAUCACGUAAUCAUGCAAUAACACCAAGCGUUCAACAAUCGAAUUCAUUCGAAAGAGAUCGAACAAAUCCGUCACCAUCAUUUAAUACACAAACUACUUAUCGUUCAAAUCAACAACAACAAGAACAGACACUUACUGUUGAAUCGUUUUUUCUCAAUAUCACGUGA